AUGGUGUCACUGGGACGACAGAUGCUGGGCUUCGCCCUCGCCAUCAUCGGCUUCCUGGGGACCAUCAUCGUGUGCGCCCUGCCCAUGUGGAAAGUGACGGCGUUCAUCGGAGCCAACAUUGUGACGGCGCAGGUCAUCUGGGAAGGCUUGUGGAUGAACUGUGUGACGCAGAGUACAGGCCAGAUGCAGUGCAAGAUCUAUGACUCCAUGCUGGCUUUACCUCAGGACCUGCAGGCCGCCAGAGCCCUCGUCAUCAUCGCCAUCAUCGUCUCCGCCUUCGGCGUCCUUUUGGGCAUCGCCGGGGGAAAGUGCACCAACUUUGUGGAGGAUGAGCAGGCCAAAACCAAGGUGGCCAUCGCUGCUGGGAUCGUCUUCAUCUGUGCCGGCGUCCUCGUCCUCAUCCCCGUGUGCUGGUCGGCCAACACCAUCAUCAGAGAUUUCUACAACCCCAUCAUGACCAACGCCCAGAGGAGGGAGCUGGGCGCCGCGCUCUACAUCGGCUGGGGCACGGCGGCGCUCCUCAUCCUGGGCGGGGCCCUCCUCUGCAGCUCCUGUCCGGCCAAAGAAAGCCCAGAGUAUCCAGUGAAGUACUCCGGGGCCCGGUCCACAGCCACCAGCAGGGCCUACGUCUGA